AGUGUUUGUUAUGCUAUAAUACUGUAGUACUGUAUAACAUGACAUCACAUAUAAAAAUAAUAAUUACUUUUAAUAGCAUUGUAUUAAUAAAAUUAUUGUUAUUAUUAUUAAUUAGUUUGCCAUCAAAUGUGGUAAUCGGCAGUCAUGAUGAUAAUGUUCCGGCCAUCGACCCAAACGGCUAUAUACUGUAUUGUUCGUGUAUGGGUCGGUUCGGUAAUCAAGCGGAACAAUUGUUAGGUAGUCUCCAAUUUGCCAAAUCCAUAGACCGAACACUAAUAUUGCCGCCUUUCAUACAGUAUAGUCAUUAUAAAGUCAAUUUCAUACCUUUUGAUGAUUACAUUGAUAUCAAAUCCAUUGGACACUAUCAUCGGGUGAUAACAUUAGAAAAGUUUAUGAAAGUUUUGGCACCAAUCGUAUGGCCGGAAGACACCCGUAAAAUAAUGUGUUAUUCAUCGCGCGGUUCACAGGAAAAGGCCUGCAAUCCUAUGGAUGGAAAUCCAUUCAAUGCCUUUUGGACUCACUUCGGGAUCAAUUGGUUGACUAAUCAAUCUAUAUAUCAUUCGCCACUAUUGACUGAUUUUAAUUUUGCCGACGAAUGGAAAUCAAAAUAUAAUGACAUUAAAGUGUUGGCAUUUGUCGGCGCUCCAUCGGCUUUUCCGACCAACAAAAAGGCAACUAAAUUACAACAAUAUAUAAAUUUUUCUCAAAAAGUUAUUAAUAUUGCUGACGCCUAUCGAGAAAAUCGGAGUUUUGCUCGCAAACCAUAUUUAGCAAUACAUGUUAGACACGGAACAGAUUGGAUUAAAGCGUGUGAAUUGCUAAAAGCAAAUCCCGAUUUACCCCAACUAUUCUCAUCGCAACAAUGCUCACCAAAAUCAUCAUCAAAUCCUUUGCCAUACGAACUAUGUUAUCCAUCUAUUGGGACAAUUGUUGAUCAAAUUUUUCGGGUAACCAGUGAAUCACAAAUAGACAUUGUCUAUGUCGCCACCGAUAAUAAUAACGAAACUCUUUGGCAACUGAUUCACGAUAUGAUUCCCAAUAUUACCCUAAUUACGCCAACAAAGACAUUGUGGUCGACGGGUUAUAUUACUGAUCAUAAGCCUCCCAAUGAUAUCAUAAUAGAUGUCUAUUUACUCAGUUAUGCCAACCAUUUGAUUGCUAAUUGUAUUUCUUCAUUCAGCGCUUUUGCCACUCGUUUCAGAUCUCAUGUCUUAUAUUUGAGACAUUUGACAGAAUUUUUUGCCGAACAAACACUUGACGAUGACUUACAUCUACUUAGAGACGAACUAUAA